AAACCCCACUGAAGAAGAAGAAGAAGAAGAAGAAGAGGUUGCGCUGCUGAGCACUGGUGGUGUGCUGCAAUUUACAGCUGAUCUAGCUAGUACAGUGUGUGGGAACUCAGGAAACCGUUUUCCGUGCGUGUUGUCUUGAGUACCAGCAAUGGCCUUGUUGAAAUCUAGCAAGAUAAUUUCUACCGUCGGGGUUCACCCUCCAUUGGGUGUACUCUCCAUUCGUGCCAGCUCAUGGUGGUCCGAGGUGCAGAUGGGUCCCCCUGACCCCAUCCUGGGGGUGUCGGAGGCCUACAAGCGUGACACCAACCCUAAGAAGAUGAACCUGGGUGUAGGAGCAUACCGUGAUGACCAGGGCAAGCCAUAUGUCCUCAGCUGUGUUCGCAAGGCUGAAGCUCAGAUUGCUGCAAAGAAGCUGGACAAAGAAUACCUGGCUAUUGGCGGUCUGGGGGACUUUACCAAGGCAUGCGCCAAGCUGGCUUUGGGAGACGACAAUGAGGUCAUCAAGAGUGGCAGGAACAUCACUGUCCAAACUAUUUCUGGAACUGGGUCCUUGAGAAUUGGAGCCAACUUCCUGUCCCGUUUCCAUACAGAGGCCCGGGAUGUGUACCUGCCCAAGCCCUCCUGGGGGAACCAUACACCUAUCUUCAGAGACGCUGGGAUGCAACUGAAGGCCUACACCUACUAUGACCCAAAGACCUGUGGCUUUGACUUCCAGGGAGCCCUGAAUGACAUCUCUAAAAUCCCUGAGAAAAGUGUCAUCAUGCUUCAUGCCUGUGCCCACAACCCCACAGGAGUGGACCCUCGGCCAGAGCAGUGGAAGGAGAUUGCUAACCUGGUGAAGAAAAGGAACCUCCUGGUGUUCUUUGACAUGGCCUACCAGGGCUUUGCCAGUGGUGAUAUUGACCGUGAUGCCUGGGCUGUCCGUUAUUUCAUUGAGCAAGGCCACAACAUUGUGCUCUCUCAGUCCUUUGCUAAGAACAUGGGUCUCUAUGGUGAGCGUGUUGGGGGCUUCACUGUGGUGUGUAAGGAUGCUGAGGAGGCCAAGCGUGUGGAGUCCCAGCUGAAGAUCCUCAUUCGGCCCAUCUACUCCAACCCUCCCAUGAACGGAGCGCGCAUCGCUGCCACCAUCCUCAAUACACCAGACCUGUACAAAGAGUGGCUGGGGGAGGUGCAUGGCAUGGCCAACCGCAUCAUCACAAUGAGGGAGCUGUUAGUGGCCAACCUGAAGAAGGAGGGCUCCACUCAGAACUGGCAGCACGUCAUUGACCAAAUUGGCAUGUUCUGCUUCACAGGGCUGAAGCCUGAACAGGUGGCGCGCCUCACGAAGGAAUUCUCCGUCUACAUGACAAAGGAUGGGCGUAUCUCCAUGGCUGGUGUCACCUCUGGCAAUGUGGGUUACCUUGCACAAGGUAUCCAUGCAGUGACCAAGUGAGAUGGCUGACCAGGAGUCACACCGUAGUCCCCACCAGAGGACAGAGGGGUGGUAGCGUCAGACAAGAAAAACUAAACAACCUUUAUGUAAAUCAACCCUCUCCUCUGCUUUCCUUUAGGGAAAGACCCAAAAGUAAUAAGAUAUACCAUAGGGUUAUUUUUGUUGGCAUUUUCUGUUGGCAUUGUCUAGAUAUUGUAUGUUGGACCAUCUGUGACUAGGUUUUUAAUGUGGGUUCCCUGGAAAAAUAUCCAUUACCCUCCCUCAGACAUACAUGCAGUGGUCAUGAGCUCAAAAUAUAUUGUGUAAGUCAUACUUGACAAUGAAAACUAACAAGCACAAUAUCACUGUUUGGAAUCAUGUCCUAUAAGUCCUCUCACUUGGCUUGAGCACACCCUGUCUCUAAGAACUGUGCUCAACUAUUGGGUGUGACAUGGAACUCCAAAGUAAUAAUGAUUAAGACAUUUCUCUAGAAAAUUAUUUACUAAAGAUACUGUCUCUCUUUCAGGUAAUUUUAUUGAAAUGUGCGUCUAAUUUAUUAAGGAUUAAUUUACAAAACCUCUUUCAAAAAGGUGCUGCAAACCUUUGUUUCAACGUUAUAAUGCCAGUGGAACCUUUCUAGGUGAUGGUACUGGAGUCAUGGCACUUGUUUUAUGUGGGACGAUAUGUGCUGCAUGGAGUCACUGAUUGUGAUGAUCAGCCAGCCACAAUGUGUGCUAAGGAUGUUAUUUUGCUGUUGUAACUUAUUGUAACGGAUGAGCACUGUCUACCAAUCAACAACUGCCACAUCUCCCACUGAUGUACCAUGUAAUUAAAUAUAACUAUAUUAUAUAAAUCUAUCUAUGGGCUGUACACAGUAUACUGUAUGAACUGUUUUGACUCUCAAUUAGCAGGAGCAUGAAGGGUGUUUCGUUGCUUGCACAUUGCUUUGUACUCCCAUACCCCGUCAUUUUCUUGACCAUCAUUGAAAGUCAAAUGUAAUGCACCUUAAGAUGCCCUCUGACUUUUAAAUGGUGUACAUCACAGGCUGCUGGUGGCACCUUAAUUGGUGAGGACGGGCUCAUAGUAGUCACUGGAACGGAAUAAAUGGAAUGAUAUUGAAUGCAGCAAACACGUUUUCCAUGUGUUUGAUACCAUUCCAUUCACUCCAUUCCAGCCAUUAUUAUGAGCCGUUCUCCCCUUCAGCAGCCUCCUGUGGUACACAUUUCUGAGGGGCCAUGGAAAGCACAGUUCAGGCGACCGGUAACACUUUCCCUCAAAGCCAAGCAUUGGCUUGAAAUUCAGAGUUAUGGUUUUUACUUUGUGUUGUGAAAGAACAAGAUUAAUGGUGGGCUCCACCUUGUACAUUAUGGUAUGCAGGGUCACAAAUGUUCUAAAGCAUGUCAGUAGAAGCUUUGAAAGGGUUUUCAAUCACCUGCUCUGUUGAAGUUCCAGAACUCUGACACCAUGUGGUCUCAGGAGUUAGAAUUAUUUUAUUUUUGCACAUUUGGUGGAGGCAUCUGUUUCUGUUCCGAAUAGACACUGAUUUGAACUACUGUACCCCUGAUCUUUUUCUGGCCAACAUCACUAUCCACUUCUGUUUCAUGGAUUCAUUAAACUGAAGUUCAUUUGAAUGGUACUAAUCUGAUCAUGAUUAUGUUUCUCAGAAGAUGUUAUUAAUGUUAGACCAGUGUAAGUUAUCACUGUAAAAUAAAGAUGGUUGCACAGUU